AAGAGAGGCCACAAACGCAGUAGAGCGUCUGAUCUGUGUCCCUGGAGUGCGCUACGACCCCCAGGUUUUACUCACCUCCUACCUGAGAUGCUUUCCUAUGCCUCUCAAGAAUCAGUUCGCAGGUGAGGCCAACAUCAACAUGCACAACUUCCCAUCGUUCAGCAAGAAGGCCCUAGACCUUGAGGCAAAGAUAGGGCAUGGACAGACACCCACAACGGGUGGUAGGAAGAACUCACUGCCUCCCAACUGGAAGGUGAAGGAUCGCAUCACGUUCAUCGACAACGAUGGUUCUACCAUCGAGUUAGAAAACGACUUCUUGGCAGGAGUGGGUUCAGAAGCAGGCAGCGUAGAAGUUUUAGGGGGUGGAAUUGUCACUGCCUCUGUCCAAAAAGGUAAGGCGACCUGUAGACGCCGUGGAGGUUCCCGGUCUAGGAGUCAAGUUGACCCCAACGCUUCUCCAUGGGAGAAAGCGGGUCUACCUGAGGACGUGUGGAGAGAUCGGUACACCCGGCAGGCUUGUAUCCGAUGUGGCCAAUAUGGCCAUAAUCAGUUCAAGUGUCGGAACAAGAAGGUGACCGAGAAGAUCCCGCCUAGGAUGGGGUAUGAGGUUGUUUUCAGACAUCUGAAGCAUGCUCUGACACACUAUGAGGUCUUGAAACUUCCUGAUCCUGAUAAGCCAUUUAUAGUAACCACGGAUGUUAGCCAAUAUGGCAUAGGCGCCGUGCUUGCACAGCAGGAGGGGCCAAAGUUGAGGCCAAUCGAGUACAUGUCCAAAAAGAUGCCCUCUUGGAAGUUGGCUAAGUCUACCUAUGUGAAGGAGCUCUACGCGAUUUACAAGGCACUGACCCAUUGGAGACAUUACCUCCUUGGGAGGUUCUUCAUCGUCAGGACUGAUCAUCAUACCCUGAAGUGGAUGAGAACCCAGCCAAUGCUCUUCGAUGCCUUAAAGUGCUGGAUUGAAGUCGUUGAACAGUAUGACUUCGAACCGCAAUAUUUGAAAGGGGAGUACAACAAAGUUGUUGAUGCCUUAUCGGCGUUAUCGCGUAGGCCUGAUUUCUCUACUGCGCUGAUCACUGCGUUCGGCCUUGCGGAUGAUGUCGCUCGCUCUUUGGUGGAAGCCUAUCGCGAGGACCAGUUCAUGGCAGAGAUCAUACGCAGACUCGAGGCGAAGGACAAGGUGACUUCGGACGAGUUUGAGUUGGUCAAUGGCCUGUUGUUUCUUGAAAAGGCCGGGAAUAAACGUUUGUGUACCUAAUCGGGAGUCUUUGCGUAAUYUAUUUCUAGGAGAAUGUCAUGAUGGCACCAGACAUU